AGCUAACCCACUCCUAUCCACUGUGUGCAAGGGGCAGGCUGGGCUCAGCUCCUGCGCAUGCGCGUUGACUGAUUGAAAUAAGUAGGAGGCAACUCGGAGUUCAGUUCAGUUAAGUUUGAGACACACUUCUUGGAGUCACAGCAACUACUGCUCUUGGAGAAUGAAUCUGUGGGUGACCUGAGAGACUGGGAUUGAACAGCAAGCCCUGAGCAGCACUCACAGCAGAUGAUCAGAGCAUGCCUGACUGCAUGACCCAAUCCCUGGACACAAAUACAUACACAGGGAACUCUAUGUGUGUUUACCCCAUUCACUAAAAAAUCCCCAACCUUCUGAGAUCUCUGGAUAACCUACCUGAGCAAGGUAAAUAUUACACCAUCAUCUCUGUGAUGUGUUUAUUAACCAGUGUGUCUGAUCUUGGUGAUCUCACAGUGCAGAAACUUUCAUUUGUGCAUGUAGCUACAUAUUCAGUGAUUAGCCCAUGGUCUGCCAUUGAGAGGUAUCUAAGCUGCAGUUACUGUGUCACUCUCUAGUAUAUAGCUUAGUAUUACUGGAAGCAAUGGAGGAGAGGAGAUAAGGCUGUGCAACUGGAUCCAAGUUUGUUUUAGCAGAUUUUGCAAGACUGAUGUACCUCACAAUCUGUAUAUUGUGUGUGUAGGGGAGGGGGGGGGUGGAGGAUUGGUAAAACAGGGAGAUGUACAUUUGAAAAAUGUUCCAGAUGUUUGCUUAGACUGCAGGAGGUUUAACAAGUGUGUUUAAAAAGGGUUUAAUAUGCGUGCAAUGGGUUUGAUAACUUUGAAGGAUGUUUAAUAAUGUUUCAGGAACUAUAAGAAGAGUACAAUACAUUUUAUAAGUAACAGCUUCCUAAGUGGCUUCCAGUGCACAGAGCUCCAGCUUCUGUUAUACAGGGCUCACUGGUAUAUAAUGGGGGGGACUGUAUAUAGCAUGUGUGAUGUGUAAUUUAUCUAUAUACCUUUUCAUAUCUUGCUGUGUUAUAAUAAAGUGUUUCAAGCCAUGUGAUGCUGCAUUUAAAGUAAAAUGAAUGUCAGCUGUGUGGGUAGUAAGCCCAGCUUUGCCAUGGACAGGUGCAUGAGGGGAGUGCAGUGACUUAUAAAAAUACAUACUGGGGGGAUUUAAAUGUUUGUUUAUUAAUGGGGGUGAAAUGUCAAAGACCAUUGGAUAAACUACUAAUAUCCAUCAGCAUCCUGGGAGCCAUGUGUCACACUUUGAAAAUGACUUGUCUGUUUAGUAAAUGGGUCAGGAGGUUAAAACCUGGAGUUAUGGUGACUUUUUAACCCUUUGGGUGAAACGGUUACAGUGUCUGAGGGCAGUCAGUUUACAUUUGAAGUCACUGUGAUACAGUGAGGCGUGACGUCACAGUGUUUUCUUGUUAAGAUUAAUUUAAAUCUGACUUAAUAUUGCAGGAGAUGCAUGUUAUACCAGAUUUUGUAUGAAGGAUUCAUGUUAUUUCCCGAAUAUAUUGAGUAACCUAAUCUUGUGGUCGAUUUUUUUGAACUGUUAAAUGCUAUGCUUAUAACAAUAUACACUUAUUAUUAUUAUUAAUGAUAAUAUUAUUAGUAGUCGUCAAUAAAACAGAUGUUUGUGAAACAACUCAAAAUCAUAAUAAUAAUAAUUAUAAUAAAAAUAAUGAAUGCAUUGCUGUAAAACGUCACACUUGGGCCACAAACACAGUGUUAUAAGUUUGGUAGUUACAGAUUAUCAAUUAAAACUAAUAUAUUAUUCCAGCUGAGAUAGUGCAUGAGUAAUGAGGAUUUUAUUAAACAAACAGGGAAUUUUGGGACCGAAUGCAGAAUUUAGGUUGAUAUUCUUGAUUUGAAAAAAUCCACCAUCCAGCUAUAGUCACAGUCUUGUCUGUUUAAGCCUACAUUUUGCAAUUCGUUUUUAUAUUCUCCACAAUUCAUUUUUCAGUAAAUAACCCACAAGUUCUGUUUAUUUGAAUAGAUUUUGCAUUAUAUAUUUUUUGGUCAAUCACUAAACAGUGAUCUGUGAAACCUUUAUUACCGACUUAGAGUUGCUAAACUGGGCAAGAUUCUCCAAAUCUGUUUUUUUCACCCUAAAUAUUGCAAUUCAGUUUUCAAUUCACAAUUAUGAAUUUGGCAAAUACCGCUUUUUUAAUUUGAACAGAUCCCUUUGUCUAACAGCAAUACAUACUUUAUUCACCAACGUUGUUGUUAUGGUGAGUAGAGAAUCAAUUUGGAAAUUUAAUACCAAAAUGAGGGAAAAAAACAUCUAUAACCACAUGUUUACAAGUCAUUUAUGAUAUCACUACAGCUUACUGUUUAGUGAGCUGCCCUCACUCCUAUAUUUACAGCUUUAGAAGUCUAUGAAACGUUUAUUUGCCUGUAUAAUGUAGGCCAAAAUACCAGAUUUUUGGGGAAAAAACUUCCCAUCAUAUAUUUUUUGUACCGUUUCUGCUAUUUUAUCGUAAAAGACAGCUAGCACAUUUUUAAGACCAUAAUUGUAAAUAGAACCCAUAGCUAAAAUGUAGUGAUUACUAAUAAGGGCAACAAAAUAAUAAUAAUAUAUAACAACAUUUUCUAACAGUAUGUAUUUGUUGUUAGAAUUUAACUUUGUGAUAUAACUGACUUGUACACUAUUUGUAUAAAAUGUGUCACUAUACAUGUUUGUGUAUCUGUUUAACAGUUAGGGGACCUGGAUAAAAUUGGGGUGCUGACUAAUUGCAGAAUAAUAAUUAGCUCUUCCAAUGUCACACAACCCCCUAUAUAACUUGAGUUCUUUUUGUUGUUUUUUUGUUUGUUUUAAGUAACUUUGCAAGAGAUAUGAUUCCCUGGAAGAAUAUAUAAAAUUGUCUGUUGCAUGUAUUGUAUUUAUUAAUGCUCCAACCAAUCUGCAGUAGUUACAUUGUGUCAUAUAUAACAAUAAUAUACAACUGUAAUGCAUACUUUGUGUGUGUUUAUAUUUAUACUGACCACAGAGAAUUAAGCUGACACUAUCCCACAGUCAAAUUUAAAUCUCCAAUCCACAUCCUUGUAACUCCAGCAAUUAACAGAGUUAUCUGUUGGAAAAGGGAGGGAGGCUUAUCUUUCAGAUUGUUUAAAACAAUGGCAAAGGACCAUUUAUAUUAGCAAGUUUACAAAACCUUAUAAAGGGAAUGAAAGCUUAGGACAGAUGUAGUCUUUCAAGUUUAUGACCCCAUUUUCCAGGGUAAAUUUAUCCUGGCAGAGAGGUUUUUGUUUCGAUCUAAUGUCAGUGCUGAAGUGGUCUGUUCUCAAUUACUCAGCAACGAAGUCCUGUGUUUAAAAAAAGUGGACUUUUUAUUGCUGUGGGGCGAGGAUGACUUACCUCGAAUCUUUUUGAAGGUAGAGACACAUCUGUUUAUAUGAGAGAAUAGAGGCAGAAGGUGAUCCAAUACAGAGGUGUGGAGAUUUGUUGUUAUUGCCCUUUUAAAGGUUUAUUGCCCCUUUAAGAAUCUUGCCCUGUCUGAGUGUAAUGAAUUUGAAGGUCAUGGAACUCCAGCGCAUAAAGGGUUAAAGCGAUCACUACAGAAGAUAUAUUAUCAGUGAACUAAAGAGCUGUGAGCAGAUCUCCAUAGUGAGAUAUCAAUACUUGAAACCAUGCAAAAACAUUUUUUUUUUUUAAUUAAUUUUUUUUAUUUUUUUAUUUAAGCAAAAAUGUAAUUUAUAAUAGAACCCCUAUUGGGUUAUUACACACAAAAUGCAUAUUUAAUUUUUUAAAAAGGAUAUGUUCAAUGAUUUUUACAGGAGACUGUACAUUUAUUCCGAUAGUUUGAGUUUAUUUUAUUUAUUUUUUUUAACACAUCGAAAACAUGUGAUUUAAAUAUUUAACCGUUUUAUAUAUUAUAUGAUUCGUAAAUAAUGCACGAAUUAUAUCACGUAAAAAUAAACGAAUGAAUGCAAUAUUUUCAUCAUGUGUUGCAUAUUUGAUCCAAGAAAUAUUUUAACGUAAAGAACAGGUAUGGUUUAGCCCCAUGAGUACCCAAGAGGAAUGAGUUGACAUAUACUAUGACAAGUAACACUUUCAAUGCCGGUUUUAAUGCUUUUUCUUUUCCCCUCCUUACCAUGGGCUAAGUAUGAGUUAAAUUGUAAAAAAAUAAAAAUAAAAAUGGUAUAGCUUUGUAUUCAUUGAAGAAUAAUUGGAAAUUAUUGCUCUUCAGCCAUUAUUUUUUGAUCCAAAGUGUUUGUAUUUAAAAUGUCUAAAUGAAUUUAAUCCUCUAAUAUUUAUGUAUGUAAUAGUGAACAUGCUUUAACAUUACUCUUUCUUAGUAAUUUGCCAAAUUGACCUUAACUCAAUUUGUAUAGGGGACACUUUAACUAUUACAGUUAAUUCGUUUUGUAGCGCAUGUCCUGUAUUGUGAAUUAUCCUCUCUCUGUAUAUUAUUUGUAUGUCUGCUAGACUUUCACUGCGACAAUGGGAUAAAUUAAUUAACAACUGCUUAGGAUAAUUCAGGGUCUAUUUACUUAAUGAUAUUGUUAAAUUAAAUCCAGUUAAGUCCAUUCAUAUUUUUUUUUUCAUGUGGUGAUACCUUGGCCCAAUUGCAAUUCUGUUUUCAAGUCAUUACAAAGUAAUACAUUUUGUAUUUGGGAGAGAGAGAGAGAGCUGUAAUAUUGCUACAAUAUAUUUUCUGGAGGAGCUUAGAAUGUAUACAUUACUGAGUCUAUACCUGUAUGAGGUUCGGCUCAUUUUAUUUCACUGUAUUCGUUCUUACCGAUUUUGCAUUCGCUGUGCUUAACAUUAACUCUUUCUGUGCCCAUAUUCUAACUUUAACCGUAUCCUCAUAGUAAGAGAGAUACAGGGCUAUUUAUAGAAUCGCGAAUUGUCACGAAUUCUAAGUGAACUUAAAAUUUUGCCCCAAAUAAUUAUAAUAAAACCAUGGUUAAUUUGACUACUUUGGCCUAAAAAUAGCAUUUGGUCUUGAAUUCAUAAGAAUUCGCAGUUCAGUAAAUAAACCUGUUUGGGUAAUUCCAACCAGGAAUCUGAUGUUCACUGUCUGUCAGUAUAUUCGAACAGUAUCCCCAUCAGUUUGGCCAUUUGUUUUUAUUUUUUUUUAAAUGUCGACGAGUUACAUACCUCUUCAUCGAGAAAGGAAAUCUAAUUUAGAUUCACAAUAUCAGCCCCAGUCCUUACAUUUAAACCUAGUUCUGCCUUUCUAAAACUCUGACAGUUUAACCCUUGAAGUGCCAUCGUGUAAACCAGAUUAAUAUUAUAAGGCCCCUAGAAACAAACCGGUUGUUGUUUUUUUUUUAAUCUUGGAUCCUAUUGUAAAAACAUAACUGUGCUAUUUUAGCGAAAUAUUUGUAAUUCCCUGCCGGCUUCCCGACAAUUCUCGGAUUAGUGAAGGAAACGAAAUAGUUAAAGACAAAAUUGCAAACAAUUUAAUGUUAAAAUGAGCACAAUGCUAUCAUUUACAGUUAUUAGCCUGACAAUUCAAUAAGCACACAUUUCUCUAAUAGGAAACACCUGAUCAGGACAAGAUACCAAUCGUGUUAAAUAAUUAAGCAGCUAUAUACAUUUUUUCUCCAAUCAUUUCAUUUUAUAUAUAUUAUGAUGUAUAUAAUGCUACAAACAGCUCUUUCCAUAAGAAUAAUUGCUUGUGAAGUAUGAUUUCCUAUCAGAUCAGAAUAAAGUGUAAUUAUUUUGUAUUUAUUGAUACUAAGUGUUUGGCAUGUUUUUCACCAUUUGUGGUUUUUGUUGUUUUUUUUUUUUUUUAGGAGAGAGAGAGUGGACUCUUUAAAACGUGAAGGUCCCACCAUGGCCAGCAAGACUCUUCCUGCCCCUGUCCCAAUCCACCCGUCUCUGCAGCUCACAAACUAUUCCUUUCUUCAAGCAUUCAAUGGGCUCCCUAUGCCAGCAGACCACAUCCCAAAUCUCUAUGGGUUCAGUGCCCUCCACGCUGUGCACCUUCACCAAUGGACACUGGGAUACCCCACCAUUCACCUGCCCAGGUCAUCCUUCUCUAAAGUGCCAGGAGUCUCCAAUUUGAUAGACACCAGAUUCCAGCUCCCAGCUGCCUUCCCUCUCUUGCCCCAUGUGGUCCACCCCAAACACAGUUCCUCAGGCCAGCCUCUUAAAACAAAACCCAGGUUUGACUUUGCCAACCUUGCUGUGGCUGCCACACAGGAAGACCACUGCAAAAUCACCCAAGUGGAUGUUCAAGGGUCACCUUCAGCCAUGGGGGCACUUCUGGAUGUCACCAAACUUGCUCCAGAGAAGAAACCCACAAGGGGACGAUUGCCUUCUAAAACCAAGAAGGAAUUUGUCUGUAAAUUCUGUGGCAGACACUUCACCAAGUCUUACAAUCUUUUGAUCCACGAGAGAACUCACACAGAUGAAAGGCCAUACACAUGUGACAUAUGUCACAAAGCAUUCAGAAGACAAGACCAUCUGAGGGACCACAGGUAUUUAUUUAUAUUUAUUUAUUUAUAAAAUAUGUUACCAGGAUAGAUACAUUGAGAUUUCUCUCGUUUUCAAGUAUGUCCUGGGUCCACAAAAUAUUGCAUUGAUACAAUAGGGUACAAUAAAAUACAAAAACAAUAUUAAUACACAACAUAUACAAAAUUUAACAUAGAACAGGUAGGAAAUAUAUAAUUAACCAUUCAUGUAAUAUCAUCUAGAAUUCUCAUUUAUAGCAGCACAGGCACCUGUUUCAUUACUAAGGAUAGGCAGAAUUCACAGUGUUUCAAUGUGAAUUAAACGUGAAUUUCCAAAUUCAGGCAAAUAUAGCCGAUUUACAAAACAUCCCCAAUUCAAUCAUGUGUUCAGUUCGACUAAUUCAGCCUUGUCUUUCAAAGUCACUUUCACUUUAGUGAAAAAAAACCGUAGUAUUUAGAGAAGAGAGGGUUUAUUCACUGAUCUGUCUGCAUUUUGUGAGUUAAUUCUCAAUGGUCUCAGAUAUUUAAGGCUGAUAUUCAUUAAACAGCAACUUGUGACUGGAGAAUCAAUUUGCAAUAUGUAGGAGUUAAUAAAUAUUUUCAUCAUUAAUAUUAAAAAAAUAAUAAUUAAGAAACACACACACGCACGCACGCACGCACGCACGCACACACACACACACACACACACACACACACACACACACACACACACACACACACACACACACACACACACACACACACACACACACACACACACACACACACACACACACACACACACACACACACACACGUGCAGACCACCCAAAUGACCCAUCAGGGGACAGUAGCAGGUAUUUCUGUUAACCCUCUUGUUUCUGUAUUCCAGGUACAUUCAUUCCAAAGAGAAACCCUUCAAAUGUCAGGAGUGUGGCAAGGGAUUUUGUCAGUCAAGGACAUUAGCUGUCCAUAAGACUCUUCACAGCCAGGCAAAAGAGCUGAAACCUUCAAAAAUCAAAUGCUGAAAAUCCACUGCAGGAAAAGAUCCGGAUAUAUAAAACUAUUUAAAUCAUUUCUAUUACACAGAAAUAGUAAAAAGACUGUAUUCUAACAGAAGAAUGUUCCCAGAACCAGGGAGACUUUGGAUAUACCUUGCUUUCAUUGGAACACCAUCUAAUCCGGAUUUUAAAAAAUACAGAUCGAGUGUUGGCUCUGCUAAACUUUACACCGAUAGGUGGCGCUCUCAUACUUUUGGGAAAGCUUACUGCUUUCAAAGUGAUAUAUACAUACAUAUGGAUAUAUGAAUAUAUAUAUUUAUAUGUGUGUGUGUGUGUAUAUAUAAUAUUAUAUAUGUCUCUGUUCUGUUUUUAAUAUUGAAGAAAUAUGACAUUCACCCUUGUGGACUGAAACAAAACAAAUAAAUUAAACUGUUAUCAACAGACUGAUUUUUUAUUUUUUUUAAUUAUUAUUUUUUAAAAAAAUUUUCUUUUCUUAUUUUAUUCUGGUCGCUUUAGUGAGGUAUGCACUGUCAAUAUUUUUUCUUAAUGUCACAGUUUUGUUGUAAUACAAAUACAAGGCAUGCAUUGACUACACGGCAGCCAUGUUGAUGUGAGCUGACACUCCUACCAUGCUGUGCAAUGCAAAUGCAGCACGGGGUGCUCUUGGCUGGCUGGGCGUCGUGGGAGUGAUUGCUUAUCGGCCCUGCGUUUGUGCUGUCCAGGCUUCUUGUCCUACAAAACACUGAGCAGAUAGAUUGUAUGUCACAGAUAUUCAUACUUACAAUGUCAGUAUGAACAAGUCACAAGUAGUUGCAAAUUUUUGUUGUAGAAUAUAUUAUUUGCAUUUAAUUCAAGGAAUUUCCAUUCACAGUGUGUAAAAAUGCUGUUUUGCAUGUUUUCUUAUAACGAGACCUGUAGAUUUUUUUUUUACACCUUUCAACAACAACAAAAAAAAGUUGAAAUGCAUUAUCUUCUGUUUAUUGUUUUUAUUUAUUAUUGUUUUUUUUUUUACGCAGCUAACAUUCCAAAAAAAAAAUUAAAUAAAUAAAAAAAAAACUAUUUUGUAAAAUAUGAGUGUAUGGCACUUUACGCUGAUAAUGGAUAAAUGCCAUUUAUCAC